GAUCACCUGGCUGUGGCCUCGUCCUGACCCAAGUUUGGGCUCUUUUGCUUUCCUCCGCAUAGCAUACAGCCAGCCCUUCAAAAUGUCAGCAGCACCAGCAUUGACAAGCACAGCCAACUGCGGCAGCAGUGAACGGCCGCGGGCCAACAGCGCGGUUGACAACCUCCGCUUCGUCAAGAACAAGACGGUCAGCCUGAUCGGUUGUCCCUUCAGCUCUGGUCAGGGACGACCAGGUGUCGAGGCAGGGCCCAACUCGCUCGUCUCCGCUGGUCUGCUCGAGCAGCUCACCCAGCUCGGCUGGACAGUCGAGUUCACAGGGUAUCAGCAGUUCGAGUCCAUUGUCUCUUCUGAGCAGCUGGCCAAAGAUACGCCGAUCGGAAAGAUGAAGAAUCCUCGCACCGUCUCACACGUGACCCAGGCGGUCGCAACUGUCGUCGCCUCCAAGGCGAAGGAGGGCAAGAUCCCGCUAACGCUCGGCGGCGACCACUCGCUCGGUCUCGGCACAGUGCUUGGCUCUCUCGCCGCGCACCCGGACCUGGCACUGAUCUGGGUCGACGCGCACGCCGACAUCAACACGCCGCAGACGACCGACUCGGGUAACCUGCACGGCUGCCCCGUCUCGUUCCUGUGCAACCUCGAAGACACGCAGGUCGAGCCCUUCUCCACCUGGCUGCCCGGCCCCGCAUCGAAGUUCCUCGACCCCAAGCGGCUCGUAUACAUUGGCCUGCGCGACGUAGACUCAGAGGAGAAGACUAUCCUGCGCAAGCACGGCAUCAAGGCGUUCAGCAUGCACGAGGUCGACCGGUACGGCAUCGGUGCAGUUGUUGACAUGGCGCUCGAUUACAUCAACGACGGUGUAAAAGGCAAGCGCGAGAGACCCAUCCACCUCAGCUUCGACGUUGACGCGCUCGACCCGAGCGUCGCGCCGUCGACCGGCACGCCCGUGCGUGGCGGUCUCUCCUUCCGCGAGGGUCACUACAUCUGCGAGGCGCUCUACGAGACUGGCGCACUUGUCGCCAUGGAUCUCAUGGAGGUCAACCCAUCGCUCAUGCCCGCUGAUGCCGAGCAGACCAUUGCCGUUGGCUGCUCGCUCGUGCGCUCUGCGUUCGGCGAAACCCUGUUGUGAUGCCCAACUGUCCAGGAAAAGAGCAAGAGACAAGUACCAUUGCUUGAACGCUAGACUGCAAACCUUGUUUAGCAGAACAAAAUUGCAAACGAAUUUCGUGUAUGCGCAUUGCUCCUGCUCGAUACAUGUGGCACCACCAUCUGGCGUGUCGAAGGUGAAAAACUGAAAGAGUGUAAGGCAAAGAU